GCAAAGCUGUGGGAGAGGUGGCACCGCGUGCAUCCUGCCCGCUGGAACAGAAGAAACGUUGUGUUACCGUGAGCAGGGGAAGGCUCUGAGAGGAGCAACCGGGACAGGCGACGGAUUACUGAAGCCGCGUUUUGAAGCCGCGUUCUCGUGCGUAAAAACGGCUCAUUCCUGGAGUAUGAGCACUCUUUCCCCGUCUGCGGAACCAACGCGUUUCAGAUUGAGAGAAGAAGCGGACGUUUGGAUGACACUUUUUCCGCGAUUGUUGAAGGUUGCAGACUGAAAGAGAGGAACCCAACGCGUUAACUCGAGGAGGAGUGUGGAGACUGCCGACAUGAGACCGUUUGUCAUCUGCGCGCUGCUGCUCUUAAAAAUUACUCUUGGAGAUGCCUGUGCCAGUGGCCGGUUCACUGAAUCGGGGCAGUGUUGCCGUCUCUGUCCUGCUGGCUUCGGAUUGAAGGUAGCUUGUGGGAAAGAGGAUACCAAGUGCACACCAUGCCCACAGGGAACGUUUUCCUCAUCCGAAGGUCUCGGCCCUUGCCUUCCCUGUGCUAAGUGCCCCCCCAGUGUUCCCAUGGUGGCCUCUUGCUCGGCCACUCAAGACACACAAUGUGAAUGUGACAACGGCUUCUUCUUUUUGAGCAGCCAUGGCCUGUGUGCACCUUGCUCCAAAUGCACCCGCUCUCAGGGUGCUAUCCGGCCGUGCGGUAUACAGGGUGACACGCAGUGCCAGAUCUGUGGCCCGGGAACAUUUUCUGAGGAGCUAAUUAGCACCAAACCCUGCCAGACCUGCACCCGGUGCUCUGACAGUGAAGUGGAAAUCCAACACUGCAUGCCCAACUUUGACUCACUGUGCAUGGAUAAGCAGCUGCACAUUCUUUCUCGUCCUGCUCUGGGGGGGUCUGAUGCUCCUCGCUGGCCAGGUGUUGAGGAGGGGGAGACCAGUCCUGCUCCUGGAACGCCCAAGUUACCACUGGAGGACAAGGGAGGCAGCAACCACAUUCUGGCCUACGUUUCUGUUCUGGCUGCCGUGGUGCUGGGCCUGCUCCUCUAUGUGGCUUAUAAAUGCUGGAGAUCGUGUAAACAGAAGAGGGCUCUUUCUAAGGCCCGGGCAGCUGAGUUGGGAGCGUCUCCGGAGGGAGAGAAGCUCCAAAGUGACAGUGGUGUAUUUCUGGACUCUCAAAGCAUACAGGACAACCAGCCCAGCAAAGGUACGAAGAGGGACAGCAAGCAGGACAACCGUUUGUACAUCAACCUACCACCCCACAGACAGGAAGAGGUGGAGCGCCUCCUGCAGGAGGGAGGGGGCCGAGGCUGGAGGCAUUUGGGCGCAGCUCUGGGUUUCGAGCCCGAACAGCUGGACCUGUUUGGGCGGGGAGAGGCUCCUUCUCACACACUGCUCUCUAACUGGGCCCAGAAAGAAGGUUCCACUCUGGGACUGCUGUGCUCUGCACUGGCCCGCAUUGAGAGGCCCGAUGUGGUCACAGCUCUUAACAGCCCCACGCAGGGCGUCUCUCUGGUCUGACGGCUCCUCAGACACAAGCAGGACACUAACAGACUCAAGUGAAGAACUUUCAUUGAAAUGACAAGGCGCUCUGACAUUAUCACCUCUGUCACUGUUGGAGGACGUCACCAAUGGUUCAUGAUUGCUUUUGCUUCUAAACAUAUUCUUGCAUCACUCUCUUUUGACCCAGUUUAUGUCACCAUUAGAUUUAACAUGACAUAAUCUCCUGGGAUGUGACUUUUAUCGCUUCUGAGCAAAUCACCAACCUCUCCAUGUAGCCUACAGUAUGUUGCAACCUCUCAUUACCACUACUGAGGAAACAACGUUUUUACUUGUGGUCAAGCCUCACGCCUCGCACAAUGGACACUGCAGAAACCUGGUCACUUUGGAUUAGAACUGCAUAUUGACAAGAAACAGAAUGAUGUGUUUACAUGUGUUGCGCAAGUGUGAAUAUUCUAAAUACCACUGUUUACAUAUUAUUCGGACACAAAUUUGCUUGAUCCCACGCUCUCUUCCAGCCUUCCUCGUGCUGCUGCAAACAAAUCAGAUCACAGAUCAUCACGUUUAUCAUUUAAAUGGCUUUGUUUUCUCUUUGUUCUCAAUCCCUUUGGUAUGGCAGUUGAUUUUUGGCGAAAUGAGACGGUCCAACAACACUGCUUUAUGACAUGUGACUCUCCCCAUUUGGGAUCAUUUCCAUGCGAUGUGCCUAAAAAGAGAAUAAACCAAAUCAAGGGUUUAAAUGGCCAACUUAUCAAUCCUCCCAACGGUGCUUUCAGUUGCUAAGAAGACUUUAUCUAAUGUGUAGAUUGAAACUACUCAUUCGGUUGUUGAAGUUUGUUGCCUUGUACUUUUGUUGUUGUUGUUGUUUUUCUCUUCUUUCUGCUGCAGUCACCACAUACAGUCGCCUCUGCAGCAGUGAUGUUUCAAAUCUCAUUAGAAGACAAAAAUGAAGCAUUUUGUGAAAUAUAAAAACACCAUUCUUAGCUCUUCCUCAUAAUCAUCUUUUAUUGUAAAUAUCUUAAAUAUUGAUUGUUUUGAUACGUAAUGGUUGCGAAGACUGAAUGAAAGGGAUAGACAACAUAUUCUCUUUGCAUUCACACAGCUCCAUUUUUGUCACCUAGAUUUUUUUAUAUUAGACACACACACAAAAAAGCCAAAGACACUGUUAACAUCAAGGCUUGUGUCCUAAGUAAUCAUGCUUUUGUAUUUAUUUCAUCACCAUUUUAGGAAUACAACUUAAUUGCGGUCUCUGAGAAGCUGGACAUCUGCUGUGUGCUAGUCACACUCUGUGAUGGCCUCAGAUGGUUUGAUAUUUUUUUUAUGACAGCCACAUUUGGUUUUGUGUAUAUAUUUCCUAAUUGUAUGCCUCAAUGCAUUUUUGUAUGAGUUUUAUUCAUAUAAUAAAUAACUUUGAUAAGUC